AUGUACGCACACAUCACAAAUAUUAGCAAUUCAGGCAUUUUAAAUAGUGGUAAAUUUAAAGAUGAUAUAGAUUAUAAUGGAAUCCAUCCCAUUCAUGAAAAAUUUAACCAUCUUCUACCUACAUACAUCGGCCAACCACCUGUACAAACCGCAUAUCCAAAUACUUCGGAUGUAAAUCAAUCUCCACCAAUUGUAAAUGGACAACCUACACCUAUGGCAAAUACAUCUACUUCACCACCUCCAUAUUCAGGUGAUGGCUUGAAACAGGAUCCUUCACAGGCAGUUGUGCCACAACAGCCUGUACCUGGUAACAAUGAAACAAAGGUACCAGAAGUGACUCAAACAGAAGAAAAAGUAGGAGAAAAUAAAGACAGUAUAGCAUGUACCCGUUUCUGGUUUAUCUUCUCUUAUUGCAAUUCCAACACACAAGUUACACCAGAAACUGCCAAAAGUGAAAGUAAUGGAAACGUAACACCGGUAAUAUCGCAAAAUUGCAAUCCGUAUGGUACCGGAAAUGUCUCUUUGAGUGAUUUCAAAGAAACAAACGAUAAUGGUUGGAUCGUUGUAAACGAAAACAACACCCCCAAGAUUACACGCAACAGACAGGUUGCGUCGAGCAUUCCAUCUACACUUCAGCUUAAAAAUACGCUAUGCAAUGCAUUCGAAGUUCGUGCAACAAUAAAACUGAGUGAAAAUAGUAGUGGUGGGAUCAUGAUUCGUGGGUCUGAUAAAAAUAUGACAUUAGUCGAACUUAAUAUCACCACUAAAACAGUUUCACUGAAGCUCCUUAAUGAUACGUCACAAGAACUAAUAGCUGAACAAGUUUAUGAUCGUAUGAAUAGCCAAUUUAUUCACUAUAUAUCAAUUAAAGACACUGGGUAUAAAGGAGGAAUCACAGUUGAAAUUGAUGAUAACAAAGUUAUAAAUCAAGAUGGGCAAAUAAGCACGACAUCUGGAACUAUAGGUGUUUUUGUUUCGUCUGGAAAUGCUACAUUCGGAGACCUCUCUGUCUCACCCAUUACUACAUAG